UUUCGCUCUUUCACCUUCUUUUCUUCUCGGAAAUUAGGACUGUGAUUAGGGUGAACAACGCCUCGCGACAAGAUAUGCUGCUGGUCUGAGCUACUGAUAGGUUCUGUUCCGCCUGUCAAACACAAGGAAGAAAAAUGCCGAGUGAUCGGGGCCGCUCCGACGGGCGCGGCUUCGAGCUAGUUGCACAGGCUGAUACUGAUGACUACGGCCGUGAUCAGGUCGAGCAUCAACGGUUAUCUGGACGAGAGCGCUUCAGUCGAACUGUUCAGGAGAUUCUCCGGCAGACUUCAGCAUCGCAGAAUGCGCCUCCCCAGGAUGCACGCAGCACUUCAGCUUCGUCGGACUCUACGCUUACUAAUGGAGAUUAUCUACGUCUACCCAUACAACAAUUUGACGAAGUCAAUCUCACAGAUGGCCAUGAAAUACAUGCCGAAGCCGCGGGCUUUUACGGGCCAGGGGUCGUGGAUAAAAGCGCUACUCUCUCUCCCUCUCUGAGCAUUAAGGCUGGGAAGGGCCUUCAGGUCAACGUCCAGAGCUAUCCCCUUGCUCUUUCGCCAGGCGGGCUUUAUGUUGAUGAUCGCGUGCAAGACCUUAGCUACCGAGGCUCUGAAGGAAGUAUCAGCAAGUCUGUCUCUGAUCCUUCGCUUUAUAAUUACAGGCCAGUGCCAUUGAGGUGGCGAUUUCUUCUCAUAUUGUUGGGCGGUCUUGUCGUCUUACUUGCCUUGACUCAACUUGGCUUGCACUUACUACCAGACGCAUCGAAUAUGGACGAGAAUCAUUCAGCACUGCAGAACGUCACCGAGGCACGAAAGAGAUCUAACCCCUAUAUUGGUGUUGCUGGGAAUUACAAGCACCUUAUCAAAUAUGCCAAUCAUACGGAAUCUACUACUUUCACGUGGAUUACAUCGACUACGAAAGUCGAGGGUCGGCCUACCUCGUCUACACGGUCAUCCUCGUCCACGACUUGGUCUUCUACUAUAGAACCCUCCUCAACUACACAGUUCACAUCUACUACAGAGUCUUCUACUACACGCUCCUCCACUGAGCGAUCUUCAACAACAGCUUCGUCAUCUACACAGCCCUCCUCGACUAUUCAGGUUCCCUCACCUACGCAGUCUCCUUCCGUCACAAAACCCUCCCCCCCUAUACAGUCCUCCUCCACUGUGCAACCUUCUUCAAGCGCACAAUUACCAUCAUCUACAGAAUCCUCCUCAACGAGACAGCCCUCCUCGACUGCACAGUUCCCUUCACCCACCCAGUCCUCCCCAUCUACUAUGUACUCAUCCACCACGUCUUCGUCCUCUAUAAACCCUCCCCCAUUGACCACAUCAUCUUCUGCAACAGAGAUAGCGACAGAUACAGCUACAGAUGUAACAAACACUCAGAUUUCAAUGACACAAAGUCAGAAUACGGAGGUAACAACCACAACUAUGUACAGUCCCACCCAAACCAACGAACAUCAGUCUACUCAAGAGCAGAGUACGACAACACCAAAGCCAAACGACCCUAGCCCCAAUGAUCCGUCUAGCUCUACACAGUCGAGACCGGAGCUUACGUCGACUGAUGACGAUCAAGACUUGCCCGCGCCUACCCCUGGUCAUACUAAUACAACACCUCAAACUUCUAUUACUCCUCCACUACAGACCUCUACAGCUGGGCCUCCUCUCACCCCUACUGAUGAGCCGCUACCGCAGCCUACGAUUUCUGGUCCUGUUACAACCUCGUCAGAAAUGACAACAGACCAACCACAAGGCGAAGCAGACGAUGGUGCAGGAGAUAAUAAUGGAAGUUCUUCACCAAUAAACCAGAACGGUCCGCCUCUAGUUACCUCGACACAAACUUUCCCCAAUACUGCUAGCAAGACGAAAGCUACUAGUGGCAUCAAAAUCAAUACUUCCAACAAUCCUUCAAGACAUCCAUCAACCUCGACGCUACUUCCUGGCAGUGUAGAGGAACAUGACACAGAAGACUCUGAACCAUUUACGACCGUUACAAGUGAGUACUUCUUGCAUUCAUUCACUUGAACUUUCUUCAUUUAAGAACUCACUUGGAAUUAUGUUUCACCGCUUGCUUGCACUUCGAACCCUCACCGAGCAAACUCAAGUUUUGGUCA